CCACCCCCCGGGAAUGAAUGGAUGGGCGGCCUCGGCGCCUGCUGGAGCGCUGGGAGGACCGACCCGGCGGGGACCUGCUGGGGGCAGGACCCCGGGAGCAAGAUGGCCACGGUCAUCCCCGGCCCCCUGAGCCUCGGGGAGGACUUCUACCGCGAGGCCAUCGAGCACUGCCGCAGCUACAACGCGCGCCUGUGUGCGGAGCGCAGCCUGCGCCUGCCCUUCCUGGACUCACAGACCGGCGUGGCUCAGAACAACUGCUACAUCUGGAUGGAGAAGACCCACCGCGGGCCUGGUCUGGCGCCUGGACAGAUCUACACGUACCCUGCCCGCUGCUGGAGGAAGAAGCGGAGACUUAACAUCCUAGAAGACCCCAGACUCCGGCCCUGCGAGUACAAGAUCGACUGUGAGGCACCCCUGAAGAAGGAGGGAGGCCUCCCGGAGGGGCCAGUCCUGGAGGCUCUGCUGUGCGCUGAGACAGGGGAGAAGAAGAUGGAGCUGAAGGAGGAGGAGGCCAUCAUGGAUUGUCAGAAACAGCAGCUGCUGGAGUUUCCACAUGACCUCGAAGUAGAAGACUUGGAGGAUGACAUUCCCAGGAGAAAAAACAGGGCCAAAGGAAAGGCGUAUGGGAUCGGGGGUCUCCGGAAACGCCAGGACACCGCUUCCCUGGAGGACCGAGACAAGCCGUAUGUCUGUGAUAUCUGUGGGAAACGGUAUAAGAACCGGCCUGGGCUCAGCUACCACUACACUCACACCCACCUGGCCGAGGAGGAGGGGGAGGAGAACGCCGAGCGCCAGGCCCUGCCCUUCCACCGGAAAAACAACCACAAACAGUUUUACAAAGAAUUGGCUUGGGUCCCUGAGGCACAGAGGAAGCACACAGCCAAGAAGGCACCCGACGGCACUGUCAUCCCCAACGGCUACUGUGAUUUCUGCCUGGGUGGCUCCAAGAAGACAGGGUGUCCCGAGGACCUCAUCUCCUGUGCUGACUGUGGGCGAUCAGGACACCCCUCAUGUUUACAGUUCACAGUGAACAUGACGGCAGCCGUGCGCACCUACCGCUGGCAGUGCAUCGAGUGCAAGUCCUGCAGCCUGUGCGGCACCUCAGAGAAUGACGACCAGCUGCUGUUUUGUGAUGACUGCGAUCGAGGUUACCACAUGUACUGCCUGAGCCCCCCUAUGGCGGAGCCCCCAGAAGGAAGCUGGAGUUGUCACCUCUGUCUGCGGCAUCUGAAAGAGAAGGCCUCUGCCUACAUCACCCUCACCUAAGCCUGGCGCUGGCUCACCUGGACCUCUAGGUGGUGUCUGCUGACCUGCCCUUCCUCUUCCUCCCUUCUCUCCCAC